UCAGAGGAACAAAUAACCAGGAUAUACAGUAUAUCCAUAUAUAUAUAUAUUUAAAGAUUAGGUUACAUUUUUUUUCUAACUCUAUCGCCAUCCAAUGAGGGAGGAUAUAAUAAGGAGGACAGACAAGAAAAUGGAAAUGUUCUGUGAGAAGAUGCCGGGACAGCAGGAGAAAUUCAUCCUCCUCGUCUUUUAUCUUCAUCUGUGGCCUCUGACCGAAGGGAUUCACCCGGACUGCGCGAUCAUCCACCAGCACCUGAGGGCUCGGGACAUUUGCAGCCAGACGAGGAGGAGCGAGGCGCAAAACCAGACCGAGCAAAGCGGAUGUAAAACAGAAUGGGACGAGAUCGGAUGUUGGCUGAGAGCUGAAGUCGGUCAGAUGGUCAACGUUUCCUGCUCCGAAGUCUUUCAACAUUUUUCCAGCAGUCAAGGCUAUGUUUACAGGAACUGCACCAUGGACGGCUGGUCAGAAAUGUAUCCACCCUACGAGGAGGCCUGUGCAUUCAGCGAUGACAGUGAGACUGAAUCAGAGACGAGUUACCUCUCUAUGUUCAGACAGGUUUACACUGUUGGUUAUGCCACGUCACUCAUCUCCCUCAUCACAGCCAUAGUCGUGUUGACAGCCUUCAGAAAGUUCCGCUGCACCAGAAACUACAUCCACAUCAAUCUGUUCUCCUCCUUUGUCCUGAGAGCCAGCGCUGUUUUCAUCAAAGACACUGUGCUGUUUGCCGAUGAGACGUUGGAUCACUGCUCCAUGUCCACGACCGCGUGCAAAUCAGCUGUGGCUUUCUUCCAGUUCAGCAUCCUUGCAAAUUAUUUCUGGUUGCUGGUGGAGGGCAUGUAUCUGCAGACGCUGCUUGCCCUCACCUUCAUCUCUCAGAGGAAAUACUUCUGGUGGUACAUCCUGAUUGGAUGGGGGCUCCCUUCAGUGAUUCUCAUAUUUUGGGUGUUGACCAGAUUCUUCUAUGAUGACAGAGGUUGCUGGGACGACACAGACAAUGUUGGUAUUUGGUGGAUUAUUAAAGGACCAAUAACAGCGUCACUGCUGGUCAACAUAGUCAUAUUCAUCAAUGUGAUUCGGAUUCUGGUUCAGAAGCUAAAGUCUUCAGCCAUGACGGGGAACAGAGACACUGGACAUUUCAUGAGGCUGGCUAAAUCCACUCUGUUCCUCAUCCCUCUUUUUGGGAUGCACUACACUGUAUUUGCCUUCCUGCCUGAGAACACUGGGGUCGCAGCCAGGCUCUACAUCGAGUUGGGUCUGGGCUCCUUUCAGGGGUUUGUGGUGGCACUCCUUUACUGUUUCAUGAAUGGAGAGGUCCAGACAGAGCUGAGGAGGUGGUUGUGGAAAUGUCACAAUCAAAAUCAUCUGACCCCAGGCAAAAGGAGCAUCACUCAGGUCUCAACGCGAGCCCACAGAGGGCUUGGGCGGCCUCCUUCCAGUGGCAACAUCUCCUCUGUAUGAUUUAAGAGACCAUCCAAAUGCGGGGGAAAUAAAAGUUUUUUGUGAGAUUAUGAAGAAAAUAAAAACAAGACUGUCCUUAAGCUGAACUCGCUAAUUACACUGUUUGAAGAAAUGUGUCUGGAUAUAGUUUAUCAGUAUUUGUCCACAGCUCCUGCCACUGUAAAGACGGUAUAUCACGGGGGACACUUUGGAGAAAUGUGACCACUGAAACAAUUUCAUGAUUACACUUUGGACAACAUGGGUUCGAAAAGAACAAAUGAUUCUACAGAUGCAGUUGGUGGGAAAAAAAGCAGCUUGGCCAAUUCAUGUGAAAUGAGCUUGACUUAUCGUGACAGAAGCUGUUUUGUUAUUUCAGUGCAGACACUGUGUGUGUACGACUGCAUUUGCUGAAUGUGCUGUUUAAGAUUUGUGCAGCAAUUCACCUGCUGCUAGAGACAAAGAUCCACAUGGUCUAUUUAUAUCUUUGUACGUGUAUGUUGGAUGUGACAGUUUAUUGGUACAUUACUGUAUGUUGCACUUGUUUCUUUGUCUGCUUUGAUGAGCCAUCAUUGAAACAUAUAUUUGUAAAUAUUUAUGACAUUAUUUUCACUGUAUCAUUUACUUUUUUAUUCCGUUCCGAAAUGUGCUAAAAACAUUUUUUUUUACUAUGUUGCACUAGGCAGGUGGCAUGGAAAGUUCAGGGUUCAAUCAUGCACAGUCCAAAGACACACAGGGCAUUUUUAACUGUCACUAUCACAGUAUAGGUACAUAAUGUGUUUAAAACUGUGUUUAAUGUGUUUCUAAAACGUAUGAUUUAAGACAUGUCAAUUGUGUGUCACGCACCUUUGUGUGUCACGCAGUCAUUGUCCAAACACUCAAAAUGUACAGGAUAGAUUUUAAAUGAAAUUUCCUGGAUAUACUUUUACAUUUUGCCAACUUGUAUAUAAACAUUUUCAACAAUGACUUAAAUUUUAAGCACACAGUCAAUUUUAUGUGGUGUCCUGUAAUUAUUCUGUCCUCCAGGACACAGAUGUGGCAAGAAGUCAGGGAAUAUAACUUAAAAUUUGCAAACAUUUCCAUUCAGCUUCUCUCUUUAGGGGUCGUCACAGUGGAUUAUCACCCUGAUAGAUAUUGUUCUUGCUUAACAAUACAAAUAAAACUACCAAACACUAGACUCUCGCAAAAGAGUGCCAGCAUCUCUUGAGAAGUGCCAGUACUCAAAACAGUGACUGGAAAUGUUUGAAGUAAUCAAUGAAGUUACAACCAGCAGCUGCAUAUCUUAGCUUAUCUUAGCGUAGCAUAAAGGAAGACUCAUAGCAUGUCAAAAGAUAAUAAAACUGGUCCAUGUCAGUAAAUAGCAUGUCUGUUUAAUCUUCAAGUAACUUGCCACAUCAAAUAUCAAACAUAUGUCAGAAUUCAAGUAUUUUAUGUGUCACUGGGAUUAUUAUUGCUUUUAUUUUAGGUAUGCUAAACAAUAGCAUGCUAUAGUUUACCCUGAAAUAAUCAGAUGCUGCUAGCCUAAUUAAAGCUACAUGAACUAGCAGCUGGCUAGCAGUUUAUCCCUUAAAAAAAGUUGUUUUGUUUUUUUAAAUAAAACAUAGACAUUAACAUACAUUUAUUUUGACAGCAGGCUACUUGGUUGUUAUAGCUGAUAGCUUACAUAUCAUAAAGACUUGAGAAUCUUUCCUUCAAAAAAGUAGUAACAACCAUAACCGCAUUCACUAUGACCGAAAUAAAAUGCACAUGGUCUUGACAUGAUUUUAGAGUGUUGGGAAAUAAUACAAUAAUACACAAAAUAUAAUUUUAGAUAUUCAGGCUGAAAAAGUCUGAUUGGUGCAUUCCUGGGUUUAUUUAAAUACAUCAACACAAAGCACUUUUACUGACACUAUAUGGCGUAGCCUACAUAAGGUUAUUAUUUAAAAUGUUCUCAGUCACAAGAGGGUUGGCACAAUAUAUGGUGGUAAAAGUAUGAUUAUGAAUUAGUUGUUGUUUGUCAAAUGUUAAAGUUGUUGGGUCUUUGUUUUAAUCAUCAAUCAUUGUAAACUUGGCUUUCCGUGGAUGAAGGGCGACCUAAAAAAGAAAAUUCCACAUAUUUGUGUGACACAUGGAAAUCUUUUGAACAAAAAAGAAAAAGGAAGUGAUAGAAGUUAAUGCAAGGAAGAACAGCAGAAUGUGCUUUUACUGUUUAAAGAUUUGAUUGUAUAGGUCAAAAUUUAUCAUUG